GAAAUAUAUAAUUAUAUCAUUUUUAAACUAAAGUACGAGCCUGAAACUUCCACCAUGGCAAAUUUUUCUGAGUGGAACGCGAAAAACGACGAAAUGAAUGCAUCUGCAGUGAUUGAUCUAUCUGACGCCAGCUACCUUGAGAGGGACGAUGAGACCACGCCCUCGUUGGUACGGCAACCACCUGAACUAACUGACGAUGAAGCAGAUCAUGGAAAUAGCCAAUCAGAGAAGACCUCUGAAACAACCUUCAUGGAUGCUAUGAAGGGCCAGAUGGCAGAUUCGGUAUGGCAAGCCAGUCGAAAGCAAGCCAGGAAGGCAUUUGACAUCUAUGGCAACAUUGAUAUCCUCAGACCAUACUUCGAUGUUGAACCCAAAGUGGUAGUUGCAAGGCUGUUGUUUUCGUUUGUACCAAGGAAGCUCACUGGUAAUCCGCAGAAGGUAGUGGGUGAACUGUAUGGCCCUCUCAUGGUGGUCUUCACUCUGAUUGCCAUACUGCUCUAUGGAAUGAAAGACUCUGGACACAUUGUGAAAGAAGGUACCUUGAUGGGAUCCUCUGUAGGGAUCUGCUUUGGCUACUGGUUUCUGGCUUCUCUACUCUUCUACACGGCUUCAUACGUCUGUAAUACAUUCAUCACUUUCCUACAAGUACUCACAUUGACUGGUUAUGCUAUGUCUUCAUACUGCAUAGUAUUGUUUAUGGGUACAGCCCUUCAUAGUGAUUCACACACCUUAUUCUACUCAAUGUGGGGAGUUUUUGGUGGAUUAUCUGCAGCUAAAAUGGUUAUGGUAUAUAUUUCAAGAACAACGGCCAAAUCUCAGAAGCUGAUUAUAGCAGGCAUCGUAGCAUCCAUCCAUCUGUUAUUCCUCCUCUAUCUCCAUUUCUCCUAUCACAAGAUAGUAGAAGAUCUCACUCUAGCUCUUGCACCUGAUCGUGAUGAUGUGUAUGAAGUUCCAGUGGUAAAGGAUGUUCAUGAGGUCAUUGAUCAUGGAGUAGCUGAUCUAGCCAUUGAUCCAGACAUAGAUCAGCACCCCCUUAUAGCAGAUCCUAUUUACUGAUGCUCCAACACAGGAUCUAAGAUGAUAUGUCGAUCGACCGGAUAUAAUGGCAAUCACUGCAGCGAGUUGACUUCAAAUCUAGGAGUUAUCACCAUAACU